AUGAAGCAUCUCGAAAGGCAUCGCAUACUCAUUGAUAAUCAGCACGGCUUCCGGGCUAAACGAUCCACAGAAACUCAACUGAUAUGCACUGCUCAUGAUAUUACUAAUGCUAUUCAACAAAACAAACAAGUAAAUUUGGCUAUUUUAGACUUCUCAAAAGCUUUUGAUAAAGUCCCUCAUCAGAGAUUAUUGACGAAGUUGGAGUACUAUGGGAUCCGGGGUCCACUCCAAGAAUGGUUUAAGUCGUUUCUUAUAGAUCGAAGUCAAGUUGUG